UUCGAGAAGGAGUAUAUUUAUUUCACGCAAUCAGAGCUGAUUCUGCGUUCGAGAAGGCUCAAUGCGCUCCGUCACGAGUGUUCAUUCCUAGGUACACUCGUGCCUGCCCGUCCAAGUCUGCCUUCAAAAAAUCUGGAAAUGUGAAAGCCGUCAUUGCGCCUGCAUCGGCUGUUCUACCCGACAAGUGAGAAUGACAGGUGAAUUCUCCUCCUGUGCAGUGAUCGCGUUCAAUCACCGAUUUGCCCGGAGGCGUUGUGGAGUAAGUUUACAACGCGACGCGGGAGGGUCUGACGGCGUGCUCAUCGUCACAGGGCAAGGCAGGCCACAUGGACAUCGGGGAUGGUCGCGUAUAGUUCGCCUAGUAGCUCGCUUCGUGGCGCAGGUCAGCUUCCGCGGUGUGCGUUCGACGCUAGACGCAAGCAGCACAGCACCUUCCUUAGCGAGCCGUGACGUGCACUGCCGACGGGUGGUGGAUUGGACGGACGUGCGAUUAGAAGUAUGCACAUGUUCAGAGAUACUCGAUGCCAGGACGGCUCGUGCUCGACGCCAGGCGGUGUCGUUCCUGGGCCUGAGAGGCCCGUGGCGUCAGAACUCAGCGGGAAGCAAAGACCGGCUGAACGCCAUUGGUGCGAGUGCUGCUGGCAAAGGGCGUGUGGCCUGACGAAUCGCAGGCGUCGACGCUGGGAAGCGACGCCACCGUGCGCCUGAUAGAACUUUGUCAGGCUGAAUGGUCCACAGGAGA